AUGCGGGUGAUACUUUUGGUAUUAGUUCGUUGUAUCCUGGCUUACGAUAGAUAUGAUCCCUCGUGGCGUAAGGACAUAAUUGCUGACGCGUCACAAGUCUUGGCGAGGCUAAACGAACCUGCAAUUCUGUCAUGCAACAUUAUGAGUGAGCACUUCACAAAUUUCACAUGGCUAAAAGUUGGGGAUGACGAAAGCGAGGAGAUUGUGCUAAAUCCCGCAACCAAGUUAUGGUGGCACAACGAAACUUUCGGUACAAUGGAGCUUAAAUUUACAAACGUCACACCCGAAGACAAUGGAUAUUACAUUUGCACGGCGAGAAGAUCUAAUAUCACUAGUUACGAUUACGUGGGUCUCGGAGAGUUCCCAUCUAAUUUGAGUUGGACCGUCGAAGUGCGCGGACCAAAAGCCAUUUCCAUAAAAUGGGACAUCGGCCGGUUUUAUGGCCAGUAUUGGAACUCGAUGUUAAUUCAAUACAGGGAAAAUGGUACCGAUCAAUGGCUAGGAGAAUUCCAAUUUUUUACUCCGGAACGAAUGCUUUCUGCAGGCAGCGUCGUCGUCAGGAAUGAAUUGAAAUCUAGCACCGUUUACGAAAUCAGGGGCGUACUUCCGCUUCAGAGACGUGAUAGCGAAUGGCGUUACGCUUUUUCAAAAUGGGUGACUACGUUUGUUUCCGGAAGAAUAAUUCCAGAGGCCAACACCGUUAUUGCUGAAUCAACCGAACGUGCAGUUCUCUCAUGUGACGUGACAGGGGGUGGAAUGACAAAUUUUAUGUGGCCAGAAGUUCGAAAUUUUUCCGAAAAAUAUUCUACCACUUAUCGCUGGAACAGUAAAACCCACGUUACAAUGGAACUGGAAUUUGCUAAUGUCACACUCGACGACUCUGGAGACUACAAAUGCCAGGCGCAAUGUCCCAAAAGCCUUAUAUCAGCAAAUAGCAGACUUCGAGUCGAAAACUUUCAUUCUGUCCCUCUCAAGGUCGGAGCAAUCGGAACAGAUCGCAUUUACGUCAAUUGGAACUAUACAAACUUCCUUGGCGACAACAAUAUUACAUACAACAAAGUUACGAUUAAAUACAAGGAGAAUGGUACGAAUCAAUGGCAUCAAGCAGACCAGAUUUUCAAUUCAUCCGUUGAUCCGGCCGGAGGACACUACGUAAUAAGGAAAUUGAAAAGUAGCACUCUUUAUCACAUCAGGAAAGUAGUUGCUAAAUGCAAACGUGAAUUUCAUCGCUUGGAACACACCUUCGUUCUUUCAAAGUGGGUGACAACGUUCGAGAAAGACGUGGAAUAUGUUCCAAUUGUGGACAUCAUGAAUGAAACUUAUACGAACACCGUAACGAUCAAAUGGUCGCAGCCACCACCAGAGCUCCAGGAUUACAUCGACGCCUAUCUGAUAUCAGUGGAAAGUGGAAACGAGAUGGAAAAACAUUUUUAUUGGCAGAAAUAUAAAAACAAGGAUCGUCAUAAAGCAGACGUCUACAUUCCGCCUUCGAUCAGUUAUGGUCUGGUGGUUCGAGCUUGCUUCGAUGAUUACUGUCCCGACCGGCAUGCAAGUGACGUGAUGACCAACGAUAUGGUUGGCGAAAAACAUUUCCAUGCGAGACGAAAAUCGAAAUCUAACAUGGAGUUAUCUUUUCUGACAAUGAACGUGACUCGAGAUGCGGAAAAUACCACAGCAAGCAGCAAUGCCUCCUUCACUUGCAGCGUCAGUGUUCAUGGAUACGAGGGUUGGUGGACCAAGGAAGGUGAACGGGUCACUUCUUUCAAUAAUUCUGAUAGUAAGAUCGACUGGACUAUAACUGUUGGACACGCCGAAGACGAAAACAGUCGCGAUUACACCUGCGUGGCAAAGAUGACCAACGAUUCGCACCCUGAUGGAACAAUGCUCGUUACGGUGAUACCGCCAACAGAAAACAUUAGUGUAGGAGCUGAAACGGUGUACACGGAACCGUUCGAGUCGACAGCUCUGUUGUGCGAUUUCUUCGGAUAUCGGCUAUCGAACUUCCAGUGGCGAAAAGUCUCGGAUCCAUACGACGUUCCAUUGGGCGGAGUCCCCGACGUAUCGUCCCUCAACAAGACUCACAUCAGGAUGAUGCUGUAUUUUGCUAAUACCUCGAACUCGGACGCUGGGUACUACCAAUGCCAGGCAACGAAUAACAGACUAAAGAACAUCAUAGGUUUCGUUCGACUCAAUGUCUCCAACGAAUCGAAUCCAAUCCAAUUAACCGCCAAUGCCAUCGGGUCAAAGCUCGUUCACUUACGCUGGUCCCACAUCGAAUUCCAAGGAGACACGCAUCUGAUACGAUCUUUAGAAAACGGUUCUCUUGAAUGGAAAGAUACGUUCUCGGUGCAAGUUAAAGACGACGAACACUAUAAUGGCUACGUUGUGGGGCGUUUGACACGCGGCACUUCGUAUUGGUUCGAACUUGUCGUGAUCAGCGCGGGUGGAAGAAUCGCGAGCACUUAUUCCAACUUAUUGUUAAUCACACUCGCUGAAAAAGACAUUCCAUAUAUUCCAUACAUCAAUGUCACUGACCGGACGGCAAAUUCAAUAAGUAUAAAAUGGCUGAUGCCACCAACAGAUCUGCAGGCACACAUAAAGGUGUACCGCAUAUCGGUCAACUAUACGUCCAAAAAGAGCGACACUGUUCAUUCUGAAAAUACAUCGAGACAUGAUGUCUUUAUUGUUAACCUUCAGCCUUCGACAAGCUACGACUUGGGAGUGAAAGCUUGUUUCAGUGAAGUUAGUACGGAUUGUUAUUCGAGUAACGUUAAAAAAGGAGUUUUCACAAAAAGCAUGGAAGAGGACUCCACGACACAAAUUCAAACAUGGCUACUCUUUACGGGAAUUUUCUUUCUCCUCAUCGUUCUGGCAGCCUGGAAUUUUUACAAAAAGGUUCGGGAGCGAAGGGUUCAGAGAGAACGAGACGCGUAUUUUUACACCGAGAAUCCGACUUCUUUCAAUCCGGAACUUGCCAUCAGUGAUCAGGCUGAUUUAUUGCCCUACGAAAAGAAAUGGGAAUUUCCACGAAAGCUAUUAAGACUUGACGAGGAACUGGGAAGGGGCUCAUUCGGAAUAGUCUGGAAAGCCAGGGCGAAAACGAUCCGUCGACCCGAGGCGAUUUCGGUGGUCGCAGUCAAAACGGUACGACCAACAGCCAGCCUUCGCUGCAUGAAAGCCCUUCUUCGCGAACUCAAAAUUCUCGUCUAUCUCGGUCACCAUCCUAACAUCGUCAGCCUUCUUGGUGCUUGUACGAGGAAUCUUGAUUACGGCCAACUCUUAGUCAUCGUGGAAUUUUGCCGCUUCGGGAACUUGCACGACUACUUGUGGCGCUGCAGGUCAAAGUUCGUCGACGAAUUGAAUACCGACUCCGAGAAAAUCCAUGAAUUCCAUGCUGAUGCUGACCCGAUCAACGUUGAAACGAAUAGUACAAACUCGGCACUGCGUCAGAAUGAUACCACUUCAUUUGUGGAAGAUUCAUGUGACAGCAACGAUCAUCCAGGUACCAGUACAAGGGUGGAAGAUUUGGCCACCGACAGCAACUCGCAACCACCGGAAAUUAAACCAUCGUCCAAGUACCCCGGUGAUUUCACGAAUGCGGAAUUGGAUCCGGUUCGCACGCAAGACUUGGUGUCUUGGGCUUGGCAGAUUUCCCGCGGCAUGCAAUAUCUUUCGGCUAAAAAGGUGCUGCACGGUGAUUUGGCAGCCAGGAACGUACUGCUUUCCGAAGACAACAUCGUCAAGAUAUGUGACUUUGGCUUGUCCAAAUCCCUCCAGGAAGACGACAGUUGCAAGGACGAGGGAAACGACCCUCUUCCCGUAAAGUGGAUGGCCAUCGAAUCGCUCAAAGACGGAAUAUUUUCGGUAAAAUCGGACGUCUGGUCGUUCGGGGUCGUUUUGUGGGAAUUAUUCUCGCUCGCCAAAACUCCUUACCCCGAAGUGAACCCCGAAAACAUGUGCAAAACACUUAUCGAUGGUUAUCGCAUGAAGCAACCUAAGUACGCACCCAAAAGCAUUUAUCGGAUGAUGCUGCAAUGUUGGGAAGCAAAUCCAUCAGAUCGACCCUCUUUCGUUGAUCUUGAGAGCAGCAUCGGUGAUUUGAUUGAGAAUAACGUCAGAAUGCAUUACAUCGAAUUGUAUACUCGAUGUACAAGGGCUUAUGCCCAAAUUACAGAAUACCGGAAUACACAGGACCCUAAAAAUCAGGAUCUGACCCCGCCGGAUCCAAUCGAACCAACAAACGUCAGGCAAGAUGAAACGAUCGAGCAACCCAUAUUCCGGGUACAGUUGAAGCAGUUCUUUCAUCGUCGUUAAUGAACCAAAGUCAGGUGAAAUGAGUCAGAGUUGUGACUAUUUCAGACAUAUCGUAAAAGAAGAAACAGAAAUAUGCAGUCUCAAGAGAAGUCACACUAAAAUACUUGGAAAAAAAAAGAAAGGGAAUGUACUUGCUGAGAAUGUCGCAAGUAACCCUUACUUUUUUUCUGCUCUUUUAAAUGCAAUUAAUUGCAUUCAAAUAUGAACGGUUGUUUCUUAGCUAUAAACAAUUUUUAAUUUUCAACCCCUGUAAUUUUUUACCAUGAUUAUAGAGUUACUGAAAAGUACAACCACUCGAAACUGCCAUGAGGGAAUUUUUUUAGUUUUUUAAAUCAAACUUUUGUUUUCUGAUAAAUACUGAAAAUUAUUUUCGUAUACCGUCUGUUGGUUUAUGUCAAGAUUAUCACGGAUCUGCGUGUAUAUGUUGUGACAGAUAAGGAAAAUCGCGGCCAAAGAAACAAAAGACCCCAGAACGCGUGACGAAAAAAUCGUGAUGUUACUUUUGCAUCAUUGUAUGAUAACCAAUAAAAACGUUCAGCAGUGACCAACAAUAAUCGUAAAUUUUUCUGAUGAAACCGUAUCUGAGUAAACAAAAAUUAUAACAACACCUGAAAUUUAUACCUUGGGCAACCUGUAAUGACCCAUGAAAAUAUUGUUACCUCGGCUAGAUCUGCUGAUUGUGUUUUUUA